AUGGCCCAGCGAGCGGGCUCCACGCGCUCACGCUGCUGUGUCAGCCCCACCCCUGCCCAGGGCCCACUGUACCUGUCCCUGCCCCUCCUCUGUCUGGCGCCCAAUGCCUGUCCAAGCCUCAUCUCUGUACACCUGCUCCCUACAGACAAGUUCUGGAGAAAGGGUGAGGGACCCAUCUUCUUCUACACUGGGAACGAGGGGGACAUUUGGGUCUUCGCCAAUAACAGUGGCUUCCUGGUGGAACUGGCAGCCCAGCAAGAGGCCCUGAUCAUCUUUGCGGAGCAUCGAUACUACGGGAAGUCACUCCCGUUUGGCCCUCGGUCCACGCAGCCAGGGCACAUGCAGCUGCUGACUGUGGAGCAGGCGCUAGCCGACUUCGCUGAGCUGCUCCAGGCCCUGCGUAAGGAACUCAGGGCCCAGCAAGCCCCCGCAAUUGCCUUCGGAGGGAGUUACGGGGGGAUGCUCAGCGCCUACCUGAGGAUGAAGUUUCCCCACCUGGUGGCCGGCGCGCUGGCUGCCAGUGCACCCGUCCUGGCCGUGGCAGGCCUCGGUGACUCCUGUCAGUUCUUCCGGGAUGUGACAGAGGACUUCCACAACCAGAGCCCCAAGUGUGCGCAGGCUGUGCAGGCCGCCUUCCAGCAGAUCAAGGACUUGUUCCUGCAGGGAGCCCACGACAUCAUCAGCCAGGAGUUUGGCACCUGCCAGCUGCUCUCCAACCCUAAGGACCUGACUCAGUUUUUUGGUUUUGCCCGGAAUGCCUUUACCCUGCUGGCCAUGAUGGACUACCCCUACCCCACCGACUUCAUGGGGCACCUUCCCGCCAACCCCGUCAGGGUUGGCUGUGUCAGGAUGCUAAGUGAGACACAGAAGAUCAGAGGACUGCGUGCACUGGUAGGGCUGGUCUACAACUCCUCCGGCACAGAGCACUGUUAUGACAUCUACAAACUGUACCAAAGUUGCGCUGACCCCACCGGCUGCGGCACCGGCCCCGACGCCAAGGCCUGGGACUACCAGGCCUGCACAGAGAUCAACCUGACGUUUGACAGCAACAACGUCACCGACAUAUUCCCUGAGCUUCCGUUCACGGAGAAGCUCCGCCAGCAAUACUGCCUGAACACGUGGGGCGUGGAGCCCCGGCCAGACUGGCUGUACAACAACUUCGGAGGUGAUGACCUUAAAGCUGCCAGCAACAUCAUCUUCUCCAAUGGUGACCUGGAUCCCUGGGCAGGCGGUGGGAUUCAGAAAAGCCUCAGCAGCUCAGUGGUGGCCAUCACCAUCCAUGGGGGAGCACACCACCUCGACCUCAGGUGGUCCCAUCCACAAGACCCCCUGUCGGUUGUGAAAGCUCGCAGGCUGGAGGCCGCCUUGAUCCGUGAGUGGGUGAAGGCAGCCAGGCAUAAACAGCAGCUAGCCGUCCACCAGGGACCGGGGACCUAAGGGCAGCCCUCACUCAGCUAAGACCAGACAGGACGUGGAGUCGCACAUCUCAGCACCUCUUGUGGUUGCUGCCUGGCUGCCUGCUCCAUGUCUAGAUGCGCCGUCCAGAUCCGAGGGCCGGCCCGUGUGUGGACCCUGGGACCUGAGGAGCCCAAGGCUCUGAGCCCAGUUCUCCCUCGAGUGAGGGAGGAGUUGGAGGGAAUAAA